GUCAGGUUCCUGCCCUCUGAGACCGCCGGGGCGCUAGUUAACCGAGUAGUCACGCGAGGUUUGGCACGACCCGCGUCUCCUUCUCCAGCCUGUCGGAAAAAAGCCAGCUCUGGGGACACGGCCGAGUGCCAGAUCAGCAGUUUUCAGAGUCAAGAUGUUGUUGUUCAACUGGAGGAUACUUGCAGCAAACCAUCAAAAAAUAUCCAGUUUGCACAUGAACAAUAUAUGCUGCUGCAAAAGAAGAACAAAAGGAUUAAAGCCACAGACAGCCCUUGGAAGAAAUUACAGCUCCUUGCCAGGUGUAGUAGGAAAUGAUAUCAAAUCUCUUCGCUCCGUCAUCAAUCCUCCUAUAGCUAAAAUUCGUAACAUUGGGAUUAUGGCUCAUAUUGAUGCAGGGAAAACGACGACAACUGAAAGAAUUCUGUACUAUUCUGGAUACACAAGAUCCCUGGGAGAUGUUGAUGAUGGAGACACAGUGACAGAUUUCAUGGCUCAAGAGCGAGAAAGAGGUAUUACCAUUCAGUCGGCUGCUGUUACCUGUGACUGGAAGGGCUACAGAGUCAAUCUGAUUGAUACACCAGGUCACGUGGACUUUACCUUGGAGGUUGAGCGCUGCCUAAGAGUGUUGGAUGGGGCAGUGGCUGUAUUUGAUGCCUCUGCUGGUGUAGAGGCACAAACUCUCACAGUGUGGAGGCAAGCUGAUAAACACAAUAUUCCUCGAAUCUGUUUUUUAAACAAGAUGGACAAAACUGGAGCAAGCUUCAACUAUGCGGUUGAAAGUAUCAGAGAGAAGUUGAAGGCAAACCCGUUGCUUUUACAGUUACCAAUCGGUGAAGCCAAAACGUUCAAAGGAAUGGUGGAUGUAGUAAAUAAGGAAAAACUGCUCUGGAAUCCCAAUUCAGAUGAUGGAAAAGAGUUUGAGAGAAAGCCUCUCUUGGAAGUGAGCGAUCCUGGAUUGCUAAAGGAGACAACAGAAGCAAGAAAUGCCUUGAUUGAACAAGUUGCAGAUUUGGAUGAUGAAUUUGCUGACUUGGUAUUAGGAGAGUUCAGUGAAAAUUUUGAUUUGUUACCAGCUGAAAAGCUACAGGCUGCAAUACACAGAGUUACCGUGGCUCAGACAGCGGUGCCAGUGCUUUGUGGAAGUGCCCUGAGAAACAAAGGGAUACAGCCCUUGUUAGAUGCUGUUACUAUGUACUUGCCUUCCCCUGAAGAGCGCAGCUAUGAGUUUCUGCAGUGGUAUGAGGGUGACUUAUGUGCACUGGCAUUUAAAGUUCUUCAUGACAAGCAUCGAGGACCACUGGUUUUUAUGCGCAUCUACUCAGGCUCACUAAAACCCCAGUCAGCCGUCCACAAUAUUAAUGGAAACUGCACGGAAAGAAUAAGCCGUCUGCUCUUGCCAUUUGCUGACCAACAUGUAGAGAUUCCUUCACUGACUGCUGGUAACAUUGCUUUGACUGUUGGGUGUAAACACACAGCCACCGGAGACACCAUCGUGUCAUCCAAGUCGUCUGCCUUAGCUGCCGCGCAUCGAGCCAAGCAGGGGGGAGCUGAGCCACCCAGACACAACCAGGAAGCACAGAGACUGCUGCUGGCUGGGGUCGAGGUCCCAGAGCCUGUUUUCUUCUGUACCAUAGAACCCCCAUCAGUGGCCAAGCAACCAGAUUUGGAUCAUGCACUGAAGUGCCUUCAGCGUGAAGAUCCCAGUUUGAAAGUGAAGCUAGAUCCUGACUCUGGACAAGUAGGCUCAAUAAUCCUUAAUCUCAGAAGGCUUUCAGUGAAAGCAUUUGUGUGUUGUUUGAUUACAGAUACCUUAGAUAGAACUUUAGGAGACAAACGGCACCUUGUGACUGUAGAACUGGAGGCAAAUCCAGUUGAAACAUCAUCUGUUAUACCCACUAUUGAGUAUGCUGAAGAUGUCAGUGAAGACCUUUUGAAGGUCUCCCGAGAGGCUAUUGAGAAUGGAAUCCACGGUGCAUGCCUCCAAGGACCAUUGCUCGGGUCUCCAGUUCAAGAUGUGGCAAUUACUUUACAUUCACUGAGUGUUCAUCCCGGUACCUCCACAACCAUGAUUUCUGCCUGUGUCUCAAGAUGCGUACAGAAGGCACUGAAGAAAGCAGAGAAGCAAGUGCUAGAGCCUCUGAUGAGUCUCGAGGUGGCCGUGACAGAAGACCGCCUCAGCCUUGUGCUGGCAGACCUGGCGCAAAGAAGAGGGAACGUUCAGGAAAUCCAGGCUCGCCACGACAACAAAGUGGUUAUUGGAUUUGUUCCCCUGGCAGAAAUGAUGGGCUAUUCAACUGUGCUUCGAACGCUAACGUCAGGCUCGGCUACUUUUGCCUUAGAACUGUCUAAUUAUCAACCCAUGAACCCUCAGGACCAGCAGGCACUGCUGAACCGGAGAAGUGGCUUGGCCUAAGGGUUUUAAGGGACCUGAAAGAGACUCAGGAGCUUCUACCUACUUCAUUUUCAGUAAGAACAAUUUUUAUCGCUUCAUUUGUUGGGUAAGUACAUUGCCCGACCCUACAGAGAACUGGGUGAAAGAUGCACCCUGAGGACUGACUGACUGGCAGUGGCCGUGGAGCUGCCCAUUCUAAUGCAUGCGUUGUGAACUCUGCUUUGAAAUGUCAUGCACUGUUAACGUUUUACUGUAAAUUAAUCAGUAAUACAAACAUAGCCCUUUGAAGACAGUGAAUGGUAGCACAAUGUGUUUGUGUUUUAAGCUUCUUGCAAGGAAGAUUCCACCUUUCUAUCCCUUAUGUCUGGCCUGCUGGUGGCGCGGUAGGUUGGGCAUUGGCUGCUACCUGCAGUGUGGGUGGCUCCAGCCCACUAGCUGCUCCCUGAGAAAGACUGAGUCUCGGAAACCCUCCGUAGGAUGGUCUCCAUCAGAAUCAACUGGAUGGCAGUAGGUUUACUUUGAGGGUUUAAUGUGAAAUAAGCUAAAGGUUCGAUUAAUUAAAAGAUAUAUUUUAUUCCUAAAACAG